AUGCCUCCAAAGAAGUCGGUCGAGAACAACACUGGCCCAGUGGACGCCAACAAGCCUGACGAGGCUGCUCUUCAGUUCGCUUUCGAGUGUCUUCGAGCCGUUGGCAAUGAUGGCGUGCUCGACAUGAGCGCCUUGUCCCAAGCGAUGGGCCACACCAACGUUAUGUCAACCCGUAAUGCUUUUGCACGCCACAAGAAGCGUUGGGGGUUUGGAAAUAUCAACACCAAGACCACAGUUGGUUCAGCUACUCCAACCGAUGAGGCUGUCGACUCUGGCACGUUCCCCCCUCUGUUCACAUUUCGCAAUGACGCAAACAAGGUCGCAAAGAAACGCGGCCGUCCCAGCGCAAGCUCUUCUCCGUCCAAGAAGGAAGCCGCUGCUGUCGACACUAUGCUUCUCUGA